AUAUUUGAAAAAUUACCCUCUCCGUUUAGGGUUUAAUUUGAUUCGAAUUUAAAUUUUAUUAAUAUUUAAUGUAAUUAUUGAGAUCUAUAAUUUUUAACCUUUAAAUUAAAGAAAAGCGUUUAAAUUUUAAUUGACUAAAUCAAUAAUCAUACCAAUAAAUUACAAAAAUAAUAAUUAUAUAGGAAAGUAAUUCAAAGAAAUAAGCAAAAGAGAGGAAGUGGAUGCAGAAAAUCUAUGUAUAUAUAUAUAUGCAAAUAAAUCUGUACAAAAUCUGAUCCAGCGAUGCAAUAAUUACUUUGAUUGAAACAAGUUUAAAAAAAGGCAGUGUGGGGAGGUAUCUUUGAUUCCCUUGUCACCAUCUCUCUUCUGAAUAACCCUUUUUUUCUCUGCAAGUGAAAGAAAAAAGCUUGGGGAUUUGCAAAGCUAAAUUAUAUAUCUCGUAUAUAUACACGCAUAUCAACAUAUAUUAGGCUUAAGAACUAUGGGUAGCAAUUAUUAUGGAGAAGCAAACAUGGGAAAUGAAAGAGGAGGAGGGUCUUCAAGAAAAAGUAAGAAGGAUAAGGCAAAGCAACCCCAAAGAGGGCUUGGUGUUGCUCAAUUGGAGAAGAUAAGGUUAAAUGAACAAAUGGGUUAUCAUCCUUCAUUUCAUGGUCCUUACUCUUCAAAUUUCAACCAGGAAGAUAUGAAAAUGCAGCAUCCAACUGGUUAUUCAUCUAUGGUAGCAUCAUCUUCUUCAUUUUCAUAUUCAUCAUCUUCAUCAACUUCUUCAGCUUCUUAUGGUUUCCACCCUAGCAUAAUGAUGGGGCUUAGUGAAUAUGAUCAAAGAGCAAACAUCAGUUAUGGUGAUUCCCAACCUAGUACUGCAGCAAGUUGGAACCCUGGCAGUGGCAUCUUAGAUGCACAACCAAACAUGACCAGACAGCUUCUAAACCUACAUGUUGAGGAUUUACAUCCCAAAAAAAGCAAAUCAUUGGGGUCUAGUAGUCAAAAUUCUGAAUCAAGUGAAACACAAGAGUUAGAUUUGGAGCUGAGAUUAUCACUGUAAUCAGUAAUGUUUUUCUGCCACUUAAAAAUGUUUUAUGCUUAUAUUUCCUACCUUAGAAUUGUAAGUUCAUAAUAUGGUCUUGCAAUUUAUAGAUUCAACAUGAACAUAUGGAUGAACUUGUUUUGAAUCUUGUGUAAAAAAGAAGGUAGAAUAUUGAGUUGCUGCUGCAUGAGAUAUGUAGUGAUAAUUUGAUCAGGUAGAAUAUUGAGUUGCUGCUGCAUGAGAUAUGUAGUAAUAAUUUGAUCUUCAUAUUCAUGAAUUUUCAAGGAAAUUAAUGAAAAUUUCAAUGAUUAAGUAGGUGCAAA